AUGGAACUUUUGAGUUUUUCACCAGGUAAAGUGUAUGGUGUUCUCAAAGCUAAAAUAACAACAGACAAUGGUGAAUAUAAAUCUAAUCGAACUGGUAUGAGUCAUUAUAAUUUAAUAACAACAGAUGAUCAAGAGAAAAAUCCUGAACAGUAUCAAGUUAAUAUUGAUAUACAAUCAUUGCAUGAACCAAAUGUUCACAUAUACUUUAUUGAUAAUUAUAAAAACUCAUUAUUAGAACAAUUUUCUACAUUAGAUGAUGGUUUUACACCAUUGGAAAGUAACGCGGAUACACUAGCAUUAGACUAUAUACGUGAAAAUUUAUUUCCAAUAAAAGAUUUAACACAAUCAACAGCAUUGUCCGCUGACGAAAUUGCUUCAGUUUUAGAUAAAUAUUUAGAAAGUGAUCCAAAUAUUAUCGUUUUUGGAACAAAAUAUGAUGAUAAAACUAAAUUGAGUAAAGAACAUUAUGGGAAAAAACGAGCAUUGUAUCAGAAUAAACCGACAAAAGGUGUUGAUGAUGUUCAUUUAAAUCAAACAGUUGGAAAGAAUAAUGAAGAUGAGUAUCAGGAUGGAGCGCUAUUUGUUGAAACGGAACCAGGAUCUUAUACAGCUUUCUUUUUUGCAUUCACUAAUCAAUGUGAAUCACUGUCGACGAUACCAGAAGCUGGUAACAGUGAUGAUUAUACGUUGUAA